CAAAUUGGAAGGAAAAAAAGUAAAAUGUAAAUCCAAUAAUCUCUCCAAUUGAUGAGAUACAUUUAACAAUUGGAAUGUUUUUCAUGUUGGAGAAAAAACUUUCACCCAAAUUGAUCAGAAUCAUGGUGAUGAUAAUGAACCAGAGAAAAGAAAAAUUAUCAAAUUAUUACAAGAAAAGAGUUUAAUUUAGAUGCGCUUGCGAAAAGAAGACUUGACUUUUAUUUCUCUUUCUUUUCUUUCUAUUCUUGAACUUACUUUCUUUUUUUCUCUUUCUUCAUUCACCUUUUCCCUUUUUUCGGUUCUCAAGUCAACCUUUUACUCUCACAAUUGUCUCUCCGUCAAUGUUACACUUCUAAUCUCUCUCUCCCAUCUUAACCCAUUUUUAGAAUUCAUCUAAUUACUUAGAUCAUCAUCAUCAUCACUCUAAUCAUCUCUCUCUGUGUUUACCUGUGAUUUAAUUUGGACGAACAGAAUAAUCUUUAUAUUAGUAUAUAUUAUUAACAUUAUCCAUUAAAAGGUAAUCAUGAUUAGUCCUGGUGAUGGUCCCGUUCAACAACAAGGAUCUGGUCCAAUGUGGUGGGUUGAAUCAUGGAGAUCACAAAUUGUUACUGGUUUAUCAUUACUUCAAAUUGUUUUCGGUUUAAUUACUGCCAUCUCCAUCUUUUCACCUUUAUGUAUUCCCGCUGGUCUCCUUCAAGUAGCUGGAGCGAUAGUUAUCCUUGCAAUAGAAGCUCCUAGUUUUGUGACAUUCAUCCGUUUCGCCCAACCAAUUGGUAUCUUUUUCGAGGAUAAACCUCAAUGGAUCAAAUGUGCCGCUUACGCUGCACUUUCCAUAAUUCCCUGUUUAUUUGGUUGUUUCGGUUUCUUUUUCUUAUUGGGAUUUCUCACCUCACUGGGAAGCGCAGCGGUCUAUGGAUUACUCUUGAUUGGCCGCAAAGCUUCACGGGAUGACAUGAGAUUCCAGGCCGCAGGCUCUCCAACCGGUGGUGGACCAUAUUCACCAACAUCACCCUGAAAGAAAAUCACCAAAUAUCCUCAGUCUUUUCCCUUUCCUCUCUCUCUCUCUCUCUCUUAGCCCAACUAAUGAUACCAAAUUCAAUUUGAUUGUGAUGAUCUUCUGGUGGAUUCCAAUUCAAACAACGAUAAAUGAAAGACAGUCAAGUAAACAAUUCCAGUUAACAUGAUCCAUCUUCUUAUUAUUCAACUUAUCAUUUCUGUCUUUAUCUCUGUCUAUCAAUAUGCAUCUUGCUCAUGGUUUUCAUCCCUUGUGUUUACCUUUGUUCUUAAUCACUGUCAUCUCAUCGUAACAAUUUAGCUGUUGAAACCAAAUCAUAAUUUCCACCCACUCCUCAUGUAACAUGUUUCCAUUGGGAAUCGAUUCUCUUACCAAUUUCUUUAGUGAUGAAAUAAUUUGGAUGGUGCUUGUCAUCUUUAAAACUUAUUCUCUCUCUCUCUCUAUCAACAAACAUUAUCUAAUUAAUUAUUGGUCUUUCAAAGAUUUCAAAUUAAUGGUCAACAAAUCAAAUGGCGAAAGAGGAACAAAAAACAAUUCUUAAACUAAUCAACUAAUCAAUACGAAACUAAAUCACUUUAUCUUCUUAUCCCUGAUUUACCUCACUGAUUAGUUUUCUGUUUUUUUUUCACUUGAAUGUGAUUUUAAAUCAAUUGUGUGCUUUGAAUUUUCAAUCAAUGGAAUCAAUGUUUUCUUCAACAAUUUAAUCUCUCCUGUUGCCUGAUUUUAAUUAGCAUCAAGGAUCAUCAAAAGCAAAUUGUAUCACAAUUAAAUAAUUAAUAUUAGACUAAUGGAUGGCAAAGGACAAGAAGAUGGAAAAAGAAAGAGAAAAAUCAAUUGUUACUUUCUCUUUCUUUCUAAAUCAUUGAUUAACAAUUAAAUUUCAUCUUCUCCUGACUGAUUGAUUAGAAACACCGAUCAUCAUGUAUCCAUCAUAAUACCUUCACAACUAUUCAAAUUGUUGCAGAUAAAUUAUCCCUGUUAACAUAUUAAUCAAUCAUCUAAUCAUCAUGAUCGAGUAACAAUUUAUUAAUCACGAGAAAACUAAUACAACAACGUUGUCAUCACUUGGAAUCAAUUUUAAAUCACUAUGCCAUUUAAUCAUCAUCUUUAAUUUUUAAUUGUAACUUUUCCUCUCUCUCUCUCUCUUUAAUCAGUGUGGAAACAAUUUAAUUUAAUUCUAAUACUCUAAUCAUCUUUACUUUAACAGUAUUAUUUUUUUGGUCAAUUUAACAAUCAACAUUUCAACAACAUGGCUGCCCAAGAAUCAACAAUUAACUGAUCAUCAUCAUCACAAGUUCAUCAAUUUAUCAUCAUUCCAGUAUCAGUAUUAAAUAUUAGACAAUUGUCCCUCAACAAUCAAGUUGUUAACCAACAAUUAACAUCCAUAAUUAACGAUCAGAGGAAGAAAAUAUCGAAGAAAAAAAAAGUUCUAAUUGUAAUCCUUAAUUCUUAAACUAAUUAACUUAAUUAUCUUUUUACAUUA